CUAAUUCUUUUAUUUUGAUUCUCUCCUAAUUCUGCUCCCUAAAGGAGAUACUACCGUUUCAAAAUCUCAAUGGAUACCGAACAUCGGAGAAAACCCCAGGCUGCUGCUUUUUCAUGGCGACGGGAUAGUCAUCUCCUGAUGCCGACUCAAUCUCCAUGGCUUCACAAUACUCUCUCAGUUAUCUUCUUCCCUUGAUGGUUACAUCAGAGGGAAUGCCCCCCACACUGUUUGAAGACUGAGCCUGUUGGGGGUACACCUCAUACUGAAAAAGGCAGUCCCCCUUAGAUGUGAAUGACAAGACUAAUGCCAUACUGAAAAUGAUUCAAGAUGAUAAUGGAGAUUCAUUCGCUAAGAGAGCUGAAAUGUACUAUCAAAACAGACCAGAGCUCAUCAGAAUGAUCCAGGAAUUCCAAAAAUCCUACCAUUCCUUAGCCGAGAAGUAUGACCAUCUUAGGUCCCAAUUGCUCUAUUCAUCUCCCUCUAUCACCAAGGUCGAUGAAUUGCAAAAGACUAAGCAAGAGAACACACUUAUGACGUCGGAUCAAAAUGAGAAAAAUGAUGAUCAUCAUGAGUUAAUUGAGAGUGGUGUUGGAUCCAAUGCAAGCGCAAGUGAUGAUGACAUUCAAAGGGUUUUUUGGGAGAAGGAGAAACUGUGGGAUGGACUUAGAUUGAAGGUUUCGGAACUUGUGGAGGAUAAUUUGCGGCUCCAGGCAGAGUUGAUAAGGAGAAAUGAUGAGAAGAGAGAAGUCAUUAAAGACCUGUCUAUGGAAAUGAACAGAGUCGUGGAUGAGAACAGGGUUCUUAAGGUACGGUCUGUUCAGAGUCAUCAUUACAAAGUUACAAAGAAAAUUGGAUCCACAUUGUCAAGACUAAAGAAACUAAUCCUUGGGAAGGUUCAGAGAGCAAAAGUGAGUUUGAUCAAUUCGUAGUUAAUGUAUCAUUCAAUUAUAAAUUGAAAUCCUAGAA